AUGUCCGCUCUUCCAACCGCCAGUGUGGGCGACCCGACUCCCCGUCCGUCGUCUCCCAUCGUCCCUCUCCCCUCGGGUCGUUCGCCCCCGAGGCCUUCGUCUUCCGCUUCUUUUUCUCCUUCUUCUUCUUCUUCUUCUUCUUCUUCUUCUUAUCCUCUUGUCCGUCACGACACGGCCCCCCCUGCUGUGACAUCGGACAACGUCAACACCAGCAUCUACAACCAUCACAACGACUACGAAGCCGAGCAUUGGCGUUCCGAGCACUCCAACCAAGCCCUCCUAGCCGGCCACAUACCCGGCGACUCCAGACACGACCCCCCUAACCCGCCUGAUCUCGGCUCGACCGCUCAACCGGUCACCACUACCAUCGAGAUGGACGCGAUCACCCAGUCGGGCCACCGCCGGCGAAGAAGCAGCCUGAUCAACCCAGCUAGCGCAGCAACAGCAGCAGCAGCAAACCACCUGGGCCGGGCCCGCUCACGGUCCAUCCGAAGAUGCUCACCCGACGGCGGCGCCAGCGGCAGCAGCAGUGCAGCGGACGCCAAAAUUCUUGAGGAGACUGGAGAAGAACAACCGAUAAUGGUCGAGUCGUUGCGGGUUGGAGGAGCUGCUGGAGGAGGAGGAGGAAGAGGAGGAGGAGGAGGAGGAGGAGGAGGAGAUAUUAGUAGUCGGAAUCACUCGGAUGAGGACGGCUUGUCGGACGAGGACUUGCACGACGACGAGGAGACAGGCUUGACAGACCGAGAGCGUCGGAGGAAAAGGCUCAAGAGAUUGAGAAAUCAACAGCUGGAUCAGCGAGUUGCGAGGGAGCAUAUCACGCGAGAAGAGAAGAAAGAGGCGGAUCUUAGCGUGCUCAAGAACCUGCUGAUCAAUGUGCUGCUGAUUGGCCUCUGGUAUACCUUUUCAUUGUUGAUAUCUCUAGUAGGUUUCGCUCCGUUUUCGUGGGACUGGGACUUUGCUAACCGCCGCCAGUACAACAAAUGGAUGUUUUCACCAGACAACCUCAACUUUCCUUUUCCUAUGUUCACCACCGCUACGCACAUGCUUGUGCAGUUUUCCCUUGCCUCUCUCGUUCUCUACCUCUUCCCCUCUUUCCGCCCGCAACAUCCGAGGUCAGACCCAUCACAACCGGUCAUGACCAAGACCUUCUACCUCACCAGGAUCGGGCCCUGCGGUUUGGCGACCGGCCUGGACAUCGGUUUGGGAAAUGCUUCCCUCCAGUUCAUUACCUUGACUUUUUACACAAUGUGUAAAUCCUCCUCCCUCGCCUUCGUCCUCCUCUUCGCCUUCCUCUUCCGCCUCGAAACUCCCAACUGGAAGCUCGUCACCAUCAUCGCCAUCAUGACCGUCGGCGUCGUCAUGAUGGUCGCUGGUGAAGUGGAGUUCAAGCUCGGCGGCUUUGUUCUCGUCAUCUCGGCCGCCUUCUUCUCCGGCUUCCGCUGGGCCCUUACACAAAUCCUCCUCCUCCGCAACCCCGCUACCUCCAAUCCCUUCUCCUCCAUCUUCUUCCUCGCCCCCGUCAUGUUUCUGACGCUCAUCUGUAUCGCCAUCCCUGUUGAAGGAGCAGGGAAUUUGAUCGCCGGCUUGGGGCAGAUCGCAGAGCAAAAAGGCGCGCUUGUCGCGCCGCUGUUGUUACUCUUCCCUGGUGUGAUUGCGUUCCUGAUGACCUCGUCGGAAUUCGCACUGCUCAAGCGGACGUCUGUCGUCACCCUCUCUAUUGCGGGCAUCUUCAAAGAAGCGGUGACGAUCGCCGCGGCGGCGAUUGUCUUUGGCGAUACCAUGACACUGAUCAACAUGGUGGGGUUGAUCACCACGCUAGUUGCGAUCGGGUGGUAUAAUUAUAUCAAGAUCUCGCGGAUGCGGCUAGAGGCACAGCUGGAUGUGCAUAGCGAGCAUCUGGCGGCGCAGCAUGCUGCCGUGGAGAGGGCUAGGAGAUCGGAUUCGCUGUCGCCUUCGCCUGUUGGUGGAAGGGGGGAGGUUGAGGUUGGUGAGAACGUGGGAUUGCUUGCGGCGGCUGGGGCGCAUCAUAGGAGGAGUAUGGACGAUGAUGAUGCGCCUGUCGGAGCAGCCAAUGCGCUGAACCAGGGCAGUGGUGAGAGGGUGUUGUUUACGGGAGAUGGGGGCGAUGUGGUGAUUGCUGCUUCUCCUUCGCACGAGGUGAAGGGAACCCCUCAGUGA